CAUUUAUUGUGAUUUGUGAUUGAACUUUUUAACAUAUUUUUAUUCCAUCAAUUCUGUAAUAGUAAUUUAAAAAAAGUUAUUCCGUAUUUCUGUAGUUGUUAAAAAUGAAUGGAUCAAUGAUUUUGUUUUUAAAGUGAUAUCAGUCUCUUCCAUUACGGUAGUUAUUAAAUUAAUUAGUUUUACUUAAAUUCUAAAAUGAAUCAAUUAUAAUCAUGUACAAAUUGUUAUAUUCCAUUACCAAUAAUACUCAAGUAGUUUACAAUUAUCCGCCCAUAAUUUAUUAUAUUUUAUCUUUUAUAACAGUAACUAUAAAAACAUAAGUGCUGGUUUAUUUAUUGUAAAACCACGGCUUAAAAUAUAUAUGUCAUGAUGGUUGACAUAUUUGAUGAACCAGAUGUGCAUUGCAAACCGAAUGCAUUAGUCGGUAAUUUUGGAUGGUUCCUACAAGGCCUCUUGGCUACAUUGGCAUUCCUCUGUUUAAUAAUAAAACGAUUUUGUGAACCAAAAUAUGAUCGACGGCCUUGGAAAGUAUGGUUUUUUGAUACUUCCAAACAAGGAAUGGGGUCCUUGCUUAUGCAUUCAGCAAAUUUAGUUUUGGCUGGUCAAAUUCAAGGUGAUCCUUGCACAUGGUAUAUGAUUCAUUUUUUAAUGGAUUCGUCACUUGGUCUUUUAUUGAUAUUUUUUGGUAUAAGAUUUUCACAACAUGUAGCAAGAGUAAAAAAUUGGGAAUCUUUUAACUUUGGAGAAUAUGGAAAACCAGAAUCAAUUAGAAUCUGGUUUAUUCAAUGUGGCUUAUACUUGUCACUUUUAUGUUGUGUUAAAAUUGUUAUUACAUUGUUGAUUUCAUUAGACAUCUGGCGAGUUAUCACAAAAUUUAUCAUGUCACCAUUUACUGACCCUAGAACGGAAUUAACUAUAGUCAUGCUUAUCAUACCUCUGUUUAUAAAUGCCCUUAUGUUUUGGGUGACUGAUGACAUAUUAAUGCAUAGAAGUCGUCAUCGAGUUGGUUUAUUGCGGCGUAUAAAAAUACAAUACCAUAAAGUUCAUCAAAGUGGUAGACUUGAAGAUACACCUAUUUCUGAUGAUGAUGAAUUGCUCACUCUAGAUGAAACAUCAACAAUUCUACGAUCUAGUGGAGUUCAGGGUUUUUAAUAUGUUUCAUAAUUUCUUUUUUAAAUAAUCAUGCACUAUGGUAUUUACUUAAUUCCUCAAUUUUAAUCGACAUUCCCUCGAUGUAUAUUGCAUAAUAUUAUCACGGAUUACAUAAAACUAAUCUGUGAUAUUAUAAACCUCAUAAAAAACAUAUUGAAUGUUAUACAAUUUGCAAUAUUGUUUGUUACUUUUAUAUUUAUUUAUAUAAUUUAAUAAUAUGAGUACGAUAUAAUGUUAACCAAUCUUCAUAUUGCGAACAAUCAUUAAUUUUUACAAAAAUAUUAAAUUAAUUUAAAAUUAUAUAAUUUGUAUAGUAAUUAUAUGUUGAUAUACAUAAUUAUAUAGUUAAAAAAUGAAUUAUAUGAUUCCCACACUUCGUGUUCCAACAAUUACAAAUAUCUUUGAUUCUAUAUAUUUUUAAAUUUUAAUAUACCGAUUUCAUUCAAAAAUAAUUAAAUAGACAAAAUAACAUACUACACUUUUGUUGGCAAUAUGCAUUGGAAAAAAAAUAAAUUGCAUAUUUGUAUUGAACUGAGUUAUGUUAUGCAUAUUAUAAUAUUUGAGUGGUGAUAGAUAUGACUAUGUCAAGUAAUGAUUUAUAAAUUAAUCCAGUACAAGUUACAAGUCAACUAAAUAUAAAAAAAAAUAUAUUUAAUAUAUUUU